GCGGGGCUGGCGCUGGGACGCUCUCACUCAGCCGGCGGCAGCGGAUCUAGCACGCUCGGGUCCUUCUCUCGCUUCGCGCCUUUGGAAAAGGAAAGCGCCCGCCUCCUCCUUCUCUUCUUCCGCCUCCUCCUCCUCCUCACAGAUCUGAAAAAUGGAAGAAGAAAUUGCAGCGCUUGUCAUUGACAAUGGAUCUGGAAUGUGCAAAGCCGGCUUCGCUGGAGAUGAUGCUCCUCGCGCUGUAUUCCCCUCAAUUGUUGGGCGCCCACGCCAUCAGGGUGUCAUGGUUGGCAUGGGCCAGAAAGAUAGCUAUGUAGGAGAUGAAGCUCAAAGUAAGAGAGGAAUCUUGACCCUGAAGUACCCUAUUGAGCAUGGCAUUGUCACCAACUGGGAUGACAUGGAGAAAAUCUGGCAUCACACUUUCUACAACGAACUUCGUGUCGCUCCAGAGGAACACCCUGUGCUGCUUACAGAAGCACCUUUGAAUCCCAAAGCCAACAGAGAGAAGAUGACACAGAUCAUGUUUGAGACAUUCAACACUCCAGCCAUGUAUGUGGCCAUUCAGGCUGUGUUGUCCCUGUAUGCCUCUGGUCGUACCACUGGUAUUGUAAUGGACUCUGGAGAUGGUGUUACACACACUGUACCCAUCUAUGAGGGUUAUGCCCUUCCUCAUGCCAUCCUGCGACUUGAUUUGGCUGGCCGUGACCUCACAGACUACCUCAUGAAGAUUCUGACAGAAAGAGGCUACAGCUUCACCACCACGGCUGAAAGGGAAAUUGUGCGUGACAUAAAGGAGAAGUUGUGCUAUGUUGCCUUGGACUUCGAGCAGGAGAUGGCCACAGCUGCUUCCUCUUCCUCCCUGGAGAAGAGCUAUGAAUUGCCUGAUGGUCAGGUGAUCACCAUUGGAAAUGAGAGGUUUAGGUGUCCAGAAGCCCUCUUCCAACCAUCUUUCUUAGGUAUGGAGUCCUGUGGCAUUCAUGAGACCACUUUCAAUUCCAUCAUGAAGUGUGAUGUAGACAUCAGGAAGGACCUGUAUGCCAACACAGUAUUGUCUGGUGGUACCACAAUGUAUCCAGGGAUUGCAGACAGAAUGCAGAAGGAGAUCACAGCAUUGGCUCCUAGUACAAUGAAGAUCAAGAUUAUCGCCCCUCCUGAACGCAAAUACUCAGUCUGGAUUGGUGGAUCCAUUCUCGCAUCUCUCUCUACCUUCCAGCAAAUGUGGAUCAGCAAGCAGGAAUAUGAUGAGUCUGGCCCAUCCAUUGUCCACCGUAAAUGUUUCUAAAUGGACUAUUAGCAGAUGCGCAGCAUUUGCUGCAUGAGUUUUUUUUUCACCAGUAUAAAUUUGCCAGGGCAAAUAUAUACACCUCAUGCUAGCCUCAUGAAACUGGAAUAAGCCUUCUCUUCAAAACAUUUGUCAUUGGGAAGUCUGUCUCCAAUAAUCCUGUGAGGAUGUCUACCUUGUUGCUGAUAUGACCUGUACUCAAGUUAACUGUUCCCUUUGUACAUAGCAGUAUAACUGUACCCUAUACACAUCUGGCCUAGGACCUAGUACAGGUGGCAUUUAUACAAUACAAAGGUUUAACUUGUGUCUGUAACUGCCUGGGACCAUGGUCUCUGUGUAACCAGCAGUGUAACAAUGGAGUUUGAGGCUAGAUUUGUACAGGGUAACAAAAGAUCAGACCUUCCACUACACAAAGCGCUAAGAGUUCCAGAUCACUAUUGUUGAGGCUGGCAAGGUUUUGUGAAAAGGAUGGCCAUUUUUUUUGUCUUGCCACUGUUCCUAACAGGGCUGGAAACAUAUCGCAUCCAAGCCUUAUGAACCAGUUUUUCUUCCUUUGCCCACCUGUAUCCCAGCAAGACAUCACAGGGCAAAAAGUUGCUCAACUUGAGUCGCUCCAAUGUUUGCAUUGACACCUGUAAAUUUAAUCAUCAGGUUUAAUUUAUGUAAGAUUUUUGUACGUUGCCUUAAUGUUGUCAUAUGACAGUAGAAAACCAAAAUUUGUAAGUCAUCCUGAAGUUGAGAGUUGUAAUGCCCAACACGUCAUUGUGAAAGGAAAAUAAAGCGCUGCAGUAAAUGAAA